UGCGUGAACGAAGUCACAAAGAGUGAAAUUCUUCACUCUGCCUGAAUUCAAAGGAGAGUCCAGAAAGAUGCCGACGAAGCGGACGAGAAACGCAGGAAAUGCUCAAACCGAAGACCAGCGUGGGGGGGAGAUGCGGGAGAUGCGACAGAAAAAAUUGGCACUUUUUAUUCAGCAGUUUGAGAAAGAAGCGCAAGAGCGAAUAAACGAGCUAGAGGCCAAGAUGGAGGACAUGUUAGCGACUGUAGACAAAGUCUUCAAAGUGGAACUGAUGAAAAUGCCGCCUGCUCUUCGAAACAGCUUCAUAGGGGAUUUAAUAAGCGAGGAAGAAGUCUCGGCCAGUGAGGUGUCCAUUGAAAUGAAGAGUGAGUCCCUUGGGAUGAAUCAAGCCCUUAGAAGAGUACCAAGUAAAAAAGAAGCGAAAUCAACUGACUCUCCACCGGCUCAGCCCACCCCAGGGCAGAGGUCCUACAAAACCUCAAAGGGUGGAAAGGGGACAAAAAAGACCAGAACCUUGGUCGGAAGUAACAGCACUGGAAACAUUCGGGGCUCCUCAGUCACUGGGAAAAGAACUCAAAGCAGAGUGACCAAAACAAAUGACCAGGGCAUACCAGCCAAACCUAAACUCAGGUCUGUUGUCUCCACUGGUGAUCUGCACUGUUCAAUGGCAAGCUCUGCUGCUCACAUCACCGUAACCACAGCCCUGGGACAGACUGUCAGCUUCUCUGAAGAGACCAAGGAUGAGAUUAACUUGGACUUGCUGGAUGAUGUGGCAUGGUGUCAUAUUCAGAAGCUUACGAGUCUGAUGGAGUAUUUGUCAAGGCGAAGCCGCUGUCAGAAAUGAAUGAAGGCCCAAUAGCCAGAGCUAUUCAACCUAUUUUCAUCAUUUAUUUUUCAUCAAGUGUUUUUCAGAAUGGAUAUGUCUAUGACGUUGGUAUUUAACUUGUCAGAUGUUCUCCAAGAGUAAGAGUAGUGCUAUUGUUGUCUUAAAGAGUUUUAAAAUAUAAUAAAGCUUAUGUGUGUCACCCUA